CCUAGUGUCGACAUGGAGUUGAACAGUUUAGAUUCCAUGUCCAUACUAGUAUUCUUUGUUCUUCUACCUGUUAUGUUCUUGUUAAGUAUUUUAGUUCAUUUUAAGGUCAGUUGCUCAAAACUACCAUACCCACCAGGACCAAAAGGGUUACCACUGAUAGGAAAUAUAUCAAUGAUGGGUCAUUCGACUCACAAAAGUCUAGCUGAACUAGGCCAGAGAUACGGCGGAAUCGUUCACCUUCGCAUCGGUAAGCUUCAUAUGGUAUCUGUUACCGCGCCUGAAAUCGCUCGUCAAGUACUCCAAGUACAAGACAGCGUCUUCUCUGAUCGACCCGCAAAUGGUGCAAUCAAGUACCUAACUUACGAUCGGUCAGACAUGGUGUUUGCGAAUUACGGUCCGUUUUUGAGGCAGAUGCGUAAACUCUGUGUCAUGAAACUCUUCAGUAGGAAACGUGAAGAAUCAUGGAAUGCUGUAAGGGAAGAGGUUGAUUCUACAAUUGCAACUGUAUUACGUCAAACCGGGUCACCUGUAAAUGUUGGCCAACUAGCGUUCAUACACUCAAUGAACGUAACCUUUCGAGCUGCUUUCGGGGUGUCUGACGCGAAAGCUGAUGGUAACAAGGACUACUUCAUAUCCAUAUUACAAGAAUAUUCAGAGCUGUUGGGUGCAUUAAAUGUAGCCGAUUUCUUCCCCUGGUUAAACUGGAUGGAUCCACAAGGGCUUAGCAGGAGACUAGUUAAGGCCAGGAAGUCAAUAGAUGAAUUCAUUGCUACAAUUAUUGAUAAGCAUAUAAAGAAAACCAAUAGCAAUGGGGAUGCAGUGGAUAAAGAUAUGGUUGAUGAGCUACUUGCAUUUUACGGCAAAGAUGGCAAGAAGGAUGUUGUGCAUGAUGAUGUGAAGGUUUCUGUAUCUCUCAGUCGAGAUAACAUCAAAGGUAUUAUCAUGGAUGUAAUGUUCGGUGGAGUAGAAACAGUUGCAUCUACAAUAGAGUGGGUAAUGACACAACUACUGCAUAGUCCAGAGGAUUUAAGAAAAGUAGAAGAUGAACUAAAUGAGGUAGUAGGACUAAACCGCAGAGUGCAAGAAACCGACUUGAACAAUUUGACGUACUUAAAAUGUUGCAUCAAAGAGACACUAAGACUUCACCCACCAGUUCCACUUCUUCUCCAUGAAAACUCUCAAGAAACUGAAGUUGCAGGGUACACAAUACCCUCCCGGUCACGCAUAAUGAUCAAUACAUAUGCUAUCUGCCGCAAUAAAGAUGCUUGGGUUGAUGCUGAUGCGUUUAAACCAUCGAGAUUUCUUGACGAAGGUGCUGCUAAUUUUAAAGGUUGUCAUUUUGAGUUUAUACCAUUUGGGUCGGGUAGACGUUCUCGUCCUGGUAUGCAGCUGGGGAUGUACGAGUUGGAAUUAACUUUGGCUCAUCUUCUUCAUAGUUUCUCAUGGAAGUUGCCUAAUGGUCUGGAGCCUAGUGAUAUGAAUAUGAACGAUGUGCCUGGACUCACUGCCCCAAGAGAAGUCCGACUUGUUGCGGUACCAAGCACUCGCUUAAAUGGCCCCGUAAAUUUGAGGAGAAAAUGUUAACUAACUGUUAACUAUCUCCUUUUGGAUUGUACUUGCAAGUUAUAAACAGUUGUAUUGUCCUGCGGAAUAAAAGGA